UGAAACUCACACGAAAUCAUCCCGCCCUUGAACCAUUUUCCCCAAUUUGAGAGACGGCGGUAAAGCCCUUUUCUCACUCCUAAAUCCCUCCACAUCACUGUUAAAAAAACCUCUGCUGCGUCUGCAUUCGAGAUCUCUCUCUCUCUCUCUCUAACCGUAACUUUGCUCACUUCCAGCGAUUCCUGAACCAGUCCCAUUUUGGCCACUCGCAUCGAUCCCUAGGGUUCCAAACCUAGGGUUUUACUUGUGCUUUCUCUCUAUAUACAUUUACAUACAGCACACCCUAUUUAUCUCUCUCUCUCUUUUCUGGAAGCUCAUUUCGAUGGCGGCUGAAACCCUAGAAGACAAGAAACAAGAAGAAAUAGCUAAUGUCGAAGACAAAGGUGAAGUGAAAGAAGAAGGGAAAGCAGAGGAGGGUGAAGAAGAGAAGGAAGCGGAAAAGCAAGGAGAGGAUACGGAAAUGGAGGAGGAGAAGGAAGAAGAAGAGGAGGAGAAGGAAGAACCUGAGGUGAAAGGUGAAGAGAGUAAGGAGGAAGUAGAGGAGGUAAGCAAAAAGGCGAAGAGAGGUCGAAAGGGUAGUUCGAAGAAAGCUGCAAAAGAUGAGAAGGCGGCGAAGAGUGAGCCCGGCUCAAAAGAGCCUGUUACGCCAAUCGAGAGGCCUAUCAGGGAGAGGAAGACUGUCGAGCGGUAUUCGGAGCCUUCGACUGGGAGAAGUGCAAGCAAAGUAUUGUCAAUUGAGAAGGGUCAAGGCACACAGCUUAAGGAUAUACCAAAUGUGGCUUUCAAGUUGUCCAAGAGAAAACCUGAUGACAGCUUGCAGAUGCUUCACACAAUUCUUUUUGGAAAGAAAACAAAGUCACACAGUUUGAAGAAAAACAUAGGGCUCUUUUCUGGUUAUGUGUGGGUUGAAAAUGAGGAAAAACAGAGGGCAAAAAUUAAGGAGAAGCUUGACAAAUGUGUUAAGGAAAAAUUGUUGGAUUUCUGUGAUGUCCUCAAUAUUCCAAUUAUCAAGGCCAUUACAAAGAAGGAAGAAAUUUCAGCAAAGCUUUUGGAGUUUUUGGAAUCUCCACAUCCUACCACUGAUACUUUGCUCGCUGAUAAGGAACAGAAAGGUAAAAAACGAAAGGGGAAGACUACAGCAAGCAGAACUGCAAUUUCUGGAGAGGCAUCUGAAGAGGCUCCGGUCCAGAAACGGAAGAAAACCCCUCAAGUUGGAGAGAACCGCAAGCGUUCUUCCAAAACUGAGGAAGAUGAAGUUGAACCUGCAGACACCAAAAAUGAAUCUCAAGAUGAUGAUGAUGUCGACAAUGACAAUACAGUUCCAAAGGAAGAGAGUGAUCAGGAGGGGAGUGAGUCUGAAGAAGAGGAGGAAGAUGAGACAAAGGAGCAAGCACCAAUUGAAAAAAAAUCUCCCACAAAGAAUGUGAAGAAGGAAUCUGGGUCUAAAGCCAGUGAGAAAUCUAAAUCUGUCAAGAAGGGCACCCCUGCAAAAUCUUCCAUAACCUCAGCAAAAUCAACCAAGAAUUCUUCUAGUUCAACUUCAAUGAAAGCUGCUAGUAAUGCUGAUGGAGCUUCUGAAUCAGCUUCUAAGCCCAAGGUUUCUGCAACUAAAAAGCAGAAGGUUGAAAAGGACAGCGAGGACCAAAGUGCUUCUGCCAAGGGGAAAGUAAUAAGCAAGAAACAGCCUAGCAAGUCUUCUUCAAAUGUAUCAGCAAAGGAUCAAGGAAAGGGAAAAGCUAGCAAGAAGGCUAAGCCAGAACCCAGCAAAGAAGAGAUGCAUGCUGUAGUUGUGAAUAUUCUGAAGGAAGUGGACUUCAAUACUGCUACUUUAUCUGAUAUUCUGAGGCAACUUGGAACCCAUUUUGGUGUGGAUCUAAUGCACAGAAAAGCAGAGGUUAAAGCUGUAAUUACGGAUGUCAUAAACAGCAUGUCUGAUGAGGAAGAUGAAGGAGAGGAAGCUGACAGUGGAGAUGAUGCUGAGAAAGAUGAGGACAGUGAUAGCGAUGCUUGACCCAUUCAAAAGGGUUCAAAAGCCUCAUACAACCCUUUGUAGUAGUACAGAUAAAUUAAUACAAAUUCACUUUUUAUGUUAGAUUUCUGCAUACAAAGGUUUCAUCAGCAAAUAGGGGCACUUUAAUUUAUUGACCUUUUCAAAUGAAUGCCCUAAGAUAGGUUUGUCUGUACCAUAGAUAUUAACCCUUAGGCGCUUUACUUGAGAUUUUAUUUUAUUUUAUUUUUUCUUUUUUGACUUUUUUUUAGUUCUUUUCCUUUCCAUUUAAACUUUCUUGUAGUUGUACUUAGUUGGCAUUUUCCUUUUCUUUUUUUUUUCCUGUCGCAACUACUUGAAAAUUUUAUGGUGCUGAUAUUGAGUCUUUACUUGUUGUAAAUGAGUAGUAAAUUUCUUAUUCUGUACCAAAUGGAAAAAAAAAAUGAUUGUUUUAUUGUCUGAAGUGCUGAAGCCAAUGGCUGAGUAAGUUAUUUUGGCAGUUGAGUUGAUAAUUGCCUCUGUUAUAUUA